GAGAAGAAAUGUCGAAGAGAACGGCACCAGUCGAUCACGGGUCCUAGAACCGUAUCCCACGAAGGCCACCACGGUCGCAAAGAUGGAAACGUAAGGCGUUGCCAGAGAAUUGCUUCCCGACUAAUGGCGUUCGACGACGUCGUCCACGAGAUCGUGGAUUACUUGUCUCCUCUGGUCAUCAUGAUUCUGUUGAGUUGCACGCUCAACGCUACCACGAUGCUCUACCUGAUUAGCCAGAACAUCGUUGCUAUAUACUAUUAUCUGACGUACAGCUUCUUGAAGACUAUGAGUGUGGUCAGCAUCGCCCGGUUAACUGAGCCUCUCCGGUGGAAGAGAGAGAACUGUCUUCGUGAAAUACGUAAGAUUCUCGUAACCUGCUCCUUGGAAGAAGAAGAAGAGGCUGUUCUGCGCAACGUGGAGAAAAUGCUGCAUGCAAGUCCGCAGUUCCAUGUCUACCAGCUGUUCACGCUCGACUGUCGCAUAUUGCUGCCUGUUGCCCAUGGAGUAGUGACGUACUUGGUUAUUUGCUUCCAGUUUAAUUACUCAGAAGACCCGAGGCUAGUUGGGAAUUCCACAGCUGAUACUGAAUGAAGAAGAACUCUCCAGUGAAAUCUGCUUUUGAACAAUAAGACAGAGGAGAAAGACUUGGUAUGGACUAUCGGUUCGGUUAUCUGGUGCGCUCUUUAUAUAUAAUAUUACGCAAUAUAAAAACACCGCAUCGCGCUCCUAAUUAUCAGUAGAAGGAUCCACAGUAAUAUUUUUGUUUAUCAAGACGAAAUAUAUUCGUCGAAAUAUUUUCUACAAAUAUAUUUCGUCUUGAUAAACAAGAAUAUUACUGUUUCCUUCUACUGAUAUAAUAUUAUUAUGUAUUAAUACUGAAAUUGUGGUGUUUUGAUUAUGUAAAUUCCAUUUUUUUUUUAUUCUGGAAGAUUAUAUUAGCUCUUUCCAUAAAAUACAUGCUGAAAUUUAUUAUCUUGGUAUAUCUCAUAUAUUUCAAAAUUAACAGAGAAAAGGACUGAACAUUAACCCCCCACCCCCCUUUGGUUAAAAACCGCGCGUUCGAAGGAAAACGCAAAAAUGUUCACUCCCAUAAAGUCGUGUGUCAAAGAUACCCUCAUAGAAGUAAAAAAGUUCCUUGGGACUAACGUGCCUCCCGUGUGACCAGAUUAUAUGUUUGCAACCUGUUGGGUGUCCUUACGGCUACGUCAAAGGAGUCUGCAGCUGUUGCGAUGUGUGUGCAAAGGGCCCGGGAGAGUUCUGUGGGGGUGAAUUUAAUCUCUUUGGAAAAUGUGGAGCGGGACUCAAGUGUGUACAAACUGUUAAUGUUAUACCCAGUCGUGGAGUUUGCGUGCUAUUGAAUCAACCCUUGUAAGACAACGUGUAUUCUGAAGAAUGAAGGAAGCCUGAUUUAUAGAGGCCUAGUUAGAUGAAUUUGACUAAUACAUAUUUACUACAGUGUUCAGAAUGAUUACGGUACUGCAUUUCAAAGUUAUCAUUUUUCAUUUUUGUUUUACAAGAUGUAGUUGCCAGUAGAGUCCAAGGGAAGAUAGGCAUAAAAUUCAUUUGUUAGGAUGGUUAUAGUUUUUAAUUUUUGAGGUAAGUAAAGUGAAUACACACAUGAUUACAUCUGGGACCAGUUUACUUAGGAGUUAAGUUUGGCUUGUAUACAAUUAGUUUUUCAUUUUAUGCUGGUAGUAGAGUUAAUGAAACCAGUUGGGAAGUCCCCUGUAUUUUUAUGACAGUUUUGAAGCAUUGAUUGUUUUGGGUUUGUAGUUGUAAGAUUUUAGUGUGUUUUGUUGUUAGAUAAGGGAACAGAGUGGAAUGAAAAAAUAUAUCCAAACAAUAUAAACUGGUCUGUAAUGAAACCCUUGAAGACUUGAUACAUCAUCAAACUUUAUCCUUUAUCAAACCUCUUCCUUACAAAGAUUAAAGAGUAUGAAUUAUGGUCAUGAUUAUAAAGUAUAAUCAGUAGUUUAGAAAGAUAGAACUAUGUGAAAGGGUUUGAAUGAAAUUCUCAUAAUACUUAACAAUUUCAUGUUCAGUAAAUUAAUCAUCAUCACCUCUUACACCAAGUGAUGCGAAUGGCCCACUUAAAUUAGAUGUUGAUAAAUUGAUAGUUGAGUGAAUAGCAGAAUUAGUUUGCUGACUAAAUAUUUAUUAGGUAUAGUUGAUCAAUUUCCAAACAAUAUUGCAUAAGAGUACUAAAAGAGAACUAUCUUCAUUUUAAUAUAUAUAAAGACCCUGUGGGUUAGUAUUGCCGUCAUGGUACCUUAAGUGGUGCGUUGUAGGCUUAACUUUUAUAUCUUUUAGUGUACCUCUUUUCAUAUUCUUUUUUGUCCAUUUUCCUCUCUACCCUCGCCUAACAAUUUUCAAAGAUCGACUGUGAGAUUUUCACCAUGCUACACCUUUUAUAACCUUUCUACUCUCAAUUUCCUUUUCUGUCCUGGAUGACCACAUAGGUCCCAGUGCUUAGCCUUUGGCCUUAAUUUCAUUUUCCAUUCCAUAGGGUAGUGAGUACGUCUGAGGUUAUAAUUAGAUCAUGAAAUAUGCAUAUUUCUGACUCUGACAUAUUAACAUUUUCAGAAAACUUUUUCUCCUAAUUAAAUGUAAAACACACAUGAGAGAACUAUGUGGGAAUAAAACGACAGCAAUCUCUGGAUAUUGAGAUCUUUUUAUUUUUAUUUUAGAAUUGUAAGUACUAGAGUGCAGCGUCAAUUUACUGUUCUUUCUAAAGAUUUGGCUCUCCAAUGGAUUCCCUGCUACCUUUUGUUUUUUUCCUUCGAUACACUCAAGGAAAUCCUUAUCAGUUUCAUCAGUAACUGUAAAUAGUACAAUUAUCUAAAUAUCAGUAGUUUUAAUGUCUCCAUAUGCUGAGGGAUGCAUCAUCAUGUGAGAGUGACAUUUUACUUUCAUUACCAAAAAUUUAGUAAGAAUAUAGUAAUUGUUUAGUUUUUGUAAAAUGAUCUUUUGCUAAAAUAUAAAUUUUGGGGUUUUAUUAUGUUAAUCAUUGAGAUAUACAUUAUUGCAGUGGAGA